CCAAUAAGUAGUGUAUUAGGUAGUGAUCAAUAACUGUUGAGUACUUCACUUCUGGCCUCAACCAUUGGGACCUGUUGCAAUUCGGGAAAAGACGAACCGACCAUGCCUUUUUGCUUUCCUUGAUUGUUUCCUCGAAGGUCCCUUCAAUUCUUCCCCUUUAAGAACGCGGGAUGGCGUCGAAUAUGGAAACCGAGAAUGAACAGCUAGUGGCUGAUCCUUUGUCAUUUGCCAGAAGUUACCAGUUGGAAGGAUUGGAAAAAGCACUUAAACAGAACACGAUAGUGUUUUUAGAAACUGGCUCUGGGAAAACUUUGAUUGCCAUCAUGCUUUUGCGCAGCUUUGCUCAUCAACUACGCAAACCUUCACCCUUCGUUGCUGUUUUCUUAGUUCCACAAGUUGUUUUGGUUACUCAACAAGCUGAAGCUUUGAAGAUGCAUACCGACUUGAGCGUUGGUUUGUAUUAUGGAGAUAUGGGGAUAGACUUUUGGGAUGGUGCAAUUUGGAAGCGAGAAAUAGAAAAACAUGAGGUGCUUGUGAUGACUCCUGCAAUUUUGCUAAAUGGCUUGAGGCAUAGCUUCUUUCAUAUAAGCAUGAUAAAGGUCUUAGUAUUGGAUGAAUGCCAUCAUGCCAGAGGCAAACACCCCUAUGCUUGUAUUAUGACGGAGUUCUAUCACCAACAGUUAUCUCUUGGUAAAUCUGAUCUUCCUAGAAUAUUUGGAAUGACUGCUUCUCCUAUAAAGUCAAAGGGUGGCAAUUCGGAGUUGAAUUAUUGGCAAUAUAUACAAGAACUUGAGUCCUUGUUGAAUUCAAAGGUGUAUACUGUUUCUAGUGAAUCAGAGCUGGCUAAUUUUGUGCCCGUUUCAACUCCGAAGUUUAAAUUCUAUAUUCGCAAGGACAUUCCAUAUGCAUUAUAUGAGCAAUUAGCAAACGCAUUGAAGGUUUUGAAAUCAAAGCAUGAACAAUCCCUGGAGAAUUCAGAUCUCAAUCCUUCCAAGGUAGAACCAACUAGAAAACGGAUAUCAAAAGCGUUUUUGGCUUUGAUGUAUUGCUUAGAUGAACUGGGUCUUUGGUUAACCUGGAAGGCUGCUGAAACUUUAUCGUGGAUGGAAGAUGAUUUUUCUCCAUGGGAAACACUGGAUAUUUUUGGUGAGGCAAUAGUGAAAAGCUUCUGUUCCGAUGCCUUGAAGCUACUUGCUAACCCUUUAAAAUCAGGAUGUUCCUAUGGGUCUAUUGGUGACAAUGUUGAGGCUGAUAUGGCUGCAGGUCUUAUGACUCCAAAAGUUGUCUGUCUCAUUGCAUCCCUGCUUGAAUACAGGUCUAUUGAGGAUAUAAGAUGUAUAGUAUUUGUCGAAAGAAUUGUUUCUGCUGUGGCUCUUCAAACUCUACUGAGCUUAUUGCUCCCAAAACACACUUGCUGGAAAACCAAAUAUAUAGCUGGAUCGACCUCUGGUUUGCAAACCCAGUCAAAGAAGAAACAAAAUGAAAUUGUGGAAGAGUUCCGUUGUGGCAAGGUCAACAUCAUUGUUGCAACCUCAAUUCUUGAAGAGGGCUUGGAUGUCCAAAGUUGCAAUUUAGUUAUACGAUUUGACCCAUCAUCCACAGUAUGUAGCUUCAUACAAUCAAGAGGUCGUGCAAGGAUGAAAAAUUCAGAUUACAUCUUGAUGGUAAAGAGUGGGGAUUCCGCCACUCUCUCUCGACUUCAAAGAUAUCUUGCUAGUGGUGAAAUUAUGAGAAAUGAAUCUUUAUGUCACGCCUCUCUGCCCUGCUUACCUUUUAGAAGUGCUUAUGACGAGGAAUCCUAUUUUGUUGAAAGCACUGGUGCAAUUGUGACUCUAAGUUCCAGUGUUGGCUUGAUAUACUUCUAUUGCUCUCGCUUGCCUUCUGAUUGUUAUUUUAAGCCUACGCCAAGAUGGGAUAAGGAAACUUGCACCUUAUAUCUUCCGAAGAGCUCUCCUUUGCAGACCUUUUCCAGUAAAGAUGAUGCUAAAUAUUCCAAGCAAAGCGCUUGCUUAGAAGCAUGUAAACAACUUCAUAAGUAUGGUGCUUUGACAGAUAAUCUUGUCCCUCAAAUGGUUGCUGAGGAAUCUGUAGCGCAAGAAAUUGGGAAUAAACCACUUGAUGAUGAACAACCAAUAUAUGUUCCGCCAGAAUUUGUGCAUUGUUGUCCCCAUAAUUCCAGUGUAGUGUAUCAUUGCUACCUGAUUGAAUUAAAGCAGAACUUCCAUUAUGAUAUAUCAGCACACAAUAUUGUGCUAGCCAUGAGAACUGAGCUUGAAUUUGAAGUCCAAAGCAUGUGUCAUGACUUGGACGUUGACAGAGGAAGCUUUGAUGUGAAUUUCAAGUAUGUAGGCAUUAUUAAGCUUAGCCCAGAGCAGGUUCUUUUAUCUAGACAGUUCCAACGUACAAUUUUCAGAGCUUUGUUGAACCAUACAUGGACCAACAAGUUGAGUGAAAAUAACGAGAUUUAUUUGGGAGAUGGUCCUAAAGUUGAUUAUCUUCUGCUCCCUUCAACUGGUGUUGAACUGAUUAGCUGGGAGAUUGUUCUGUCUGUAUUGUUUUCAUCUCGAGAAUAUUGUGUACAUCGUGGUAUUUCCUCAUCCAAGGGCCUUGCUUAUGAUGUACAGACCAAAAGUGGACUUGUUUGCAUUUGCAGACUCCAGAAUUCUUUGGUGUAUACUCCUCACAAUGGUCAUGUAUAUUGCAUAACGAGUGUUUUGAGUGAACUGAAUGGAAACUCAUCACUCAAGAUUAGAAAAAAUGAAAUGAUGGCUUACAAGGAGUAUUACAAAGUGCGUCACGGCAUUGACUUGUAUUUUGAGAAACAGCCAUUACUUCGUGGGAAAAAAAUCUUUCCAGUGCAUAACUACCUUAAGAGAUUUAGGAAACACAAGGAGGAGGGAGAAUCAAGAAACUCAUUAGUUGAACUGCCACCUGAACUUUGUUCUAUAAUAAUGUCCCCCAUAUCCGUCAACACCCUUUAUUCAUAUUCAUUUCUUCCUUCUAUUAUGCACCGACUUGAAUCGAUGCUAAUAGCCAGCAACUUGAAAAAGUUGAAUACGGAUCAUUGCAUGCAAAAUGAUAUUCCAACCACAAAGUGGGCUAUUAUCAACACACUUUUAUAUGCAAUUUUCAUUCAGGUGUUGGAAGCAAUAACAACAAAAAAUUGCCAAGAGAAAUUUCAUCUAGAAUCCCUUGAGACCCUUGGUGAUUCGUUUCUUAAAUAUGCAACCGGUCAACAUCUUUUUAGAACUUUUCAAAAUGAUCAUGAGGGCCUUCUUAGUUUGAAGAAAGAUAGGAUAGUUUCUAAUGCUGCUCUCUGUAGGCUUGGAUGUGAACACAAAAUUUCGGGAUUUGUUCGAGAUGAGGCUUUUGAUCCUCAAAAGUGGGAUAUUCCUGGUGAUACACAUGAAGUUUCCCAAUUAAGAGAGGUAGUCCUUUCUAGUGGGAGAAAGGUUUAUGUUCGGAGAAAAAGAAAGAUAAAGGGUAAGAGGAUAGCUGACGUUGUUGAGGCUCUAAUUGGUGCCUAUCUUAGCACUGGUGGAGAAAGGGCAGCGAUACAGUUUCUAAAUCGGAUUGGUAUAGAACUUAAUUUUGAUUUUGUACCCUAUGAGAGACCUUUUAGAGUUGAUGCGCAUAAGCUCAUUAAUGUUGGACAUGUAGAGUCCCUGCUAAAAUACACAUUCAACGAUCGCUCAUUGUUGUUAGAAGCAUUGACUCAUGGUUCAUACAUGCUUCCUGAGAUUCCAAGAUGUUAUCAGCGACUGGAAUUUCUUGGAGACUCAGUAUUGGAUUAUGCAAUUACUGUGCAUUUAUACAACAAAUACCCCGGAAUGACACCUGAAUUGUUGACUGACAUGAGGUCUGCAUCUGUGAACAAUGAUUGCUAUUCACGAACUGCAUUAAAGGCUCAGUUGCACAAAAGCAUACUACAUUGUUCUCAUGAUCUCCAUAAACAUAUUAGUUCGACCCUUCAUAAUUUUGAGAUGUUAUCUUCAGAAGCAACCUACGGAUGGGAAUCUGAGAUUUCUUUUCCCAAGGUUCUCGGAGAUGUUAUUGAAUCUUUAGCUGGAGCAAUAUACGUCGAUUCUGGAUACGAUAAAGAAAAGGUGUUUGGGUGUAUAAGACCACUACUAGAACCAUUAGUGUCGCCUGAAACUUUGAAGAAACACCCAAGACGUGAGCUAAAUGAGUUAUGCCAAAAGGAAAAAUACAACUUAAAGAAAACUGUUACUUCUCGUGUGAAUGGAAGAUCACACGUUACAGUUGAGGUUGAAGUUAAUGGGAGGAUAUUCAAACACACGGCAAUCUCUUUGGAUAGGGAGACUGGGAAGAAGGUUGCUUCCAAAGAAGUUCUCAAAUCUCUAAAGGAGUCCUAUCCUAUGGUACAUAAAUAAAUCCAAAUGCUGUAGUUUUUUGGUAUCUGAUAUUUCUUCCUAUAGUGCUUUUACAGGUGUUGUAUUUUCCUUGUUCAAUAUUAUGAGAACUCUGGUCAGAGAAAAAGAAAAGGAAAAGCAACGCAGCAAGUGUAAUUUAUACACAUUUGGAGUUGAGAUAUAAAAAUAUUUGAAGGUUGCUUUUUUAAA